GAGAGGGUGACUGCAAGCCGGGGUUACCGGAAAAUCGCUCUCGACCCCACUGAAGGUUCUUCUGCGGGCAGAGAGGGGACGUGGGGUGGUUCUACCGGCGCUUCUCACAGCCAGCGCCGCAAAUCGGGGCGCAAUUUCGGCGCGAUGUACUUCGCCCAAGUUUCCACGCUCCUUGUAACCCUCCUGACCCAGUGUGUCAUCCCCUGGGUACUGUCGGAGCAUUUGGAGUGCAGCAUUAUGGUGAAGGUCGCACAGCUUCAGGAGGAGUGUCACAGGACGCUUGCCAGAGACAACCAGAGCUUGAAGACAGGGUGCAAUGGAAUGUGGGACAAUAUAACAUGUUGGCCUCCUGCAAGAGUUGGGGAGGUGGUUGUGGUGCCUUGUCCACAUUUUCCUGGCUUUUUCCUGGACAUUAAAGCCAACGUCAGCAGGACCUGCACAAGUGCAGGUUGGACAGACCUCUCCCUCUCCUAUUUCUUAGCUUGUGGCUAUAACAACAAGACUCCACCCACUGCAAAGUUCUACAGAGUGGUGAAGACCAUUUACACCGUCGGGCACAGCUUGUCCCUCUUCUCCCUGACCGUGGCUAUCGUCAUCCUUUGCAUCUUCAGCAAGUUGCACUGUACCCGAAAUUACAUCCAUAUGCACCUCUUUAUGUCGUUCAUCCUGAGGGCCAUUUCCGUCUUCAUCAAGGACUUGGUUCUGUUUGAAGGUGGUGAAUCAAACCAUUGCUCCAAGGUUUCGGCUGGCUGUAAAGCUGCAAUGGUCUUCUUCCAGUAUUGCAUCAUGGCAAACUUCUCCUGGCUCUUGGUGGAGGGCCUGUACUUGCACACCCUGCUGGUUAUUUCCCUCUUCUCGGAGAAAAAAUACUUCUGGUGGUACAUACUCAUCGGCUGGGGGUCUCCCCUGCUGUUUAUCAUCGCUUGGACCCUCGCUAGACUCCACCUUGACAAUGUUGGGUGCUGGCAGAAUAUUGACUCUUCUGUCUGGUGGAUCAUACGGGGCCCAAAUCUUGUAUUUAUCUUGGUGAAUUUCGUUCUCUUCACGUGUAUUAUUCGAAUACUGAUACAGAAGCUGCACUCCCCUGAUGUUGGACUGAAUAAAUCCAGCCAGCAGUACACGAGGCUGGCAAAGUCAACUCUACUCCUUAUUCCCCUGUUCGGCAUCAAUUAUAUUGUGUUUGUGUUCUUCCCCGAUAACUUCAACCCGAACGUAAAGAUGGUUUUUGAUCUUGUUAUCGGAUCCUUUCAGGGUUUCAUUGUGGCUGUGUUAUACUGUUUCCUGAAUGGAGAGGUUCAGUCGGAACUGAAGAGGAAAUGGAGACGGUGGCACAUUGAGAGGUAUGUGGGAGGAGAAAUGAAGUAUCACCAGCCUUCCAUAGGCAGCAAUGGGACCAGCUGCACCACCCAGAUCUCCAUGUUAACCAAGUGCAGCCCCAAGACCAGAGAUUCCAGCGUUCAGGCAGAGUUUUCCAACUCCUAGGUUGAGACACCUUGAGGCUUCAUAUGACCUUGGAAUUCCACAUGUCCUGAGAAGGAACUAAAAGAUUCACAAACUUUGUGCCACCGAAACCCAGUUUUCUGGGAAAGAUGCAGACAAUUGGAAUCGAUCAAUAUUGUAUUUCUGGAUAUUGGCAUGGUAAUCUUCAAAUGUGUCAAGACCGGGCAAGAAGAUCAAAGCCAUUUGCCACAUGGUUAAACUAUUAACCACUGGACUUGACAAGUCUAUUACUGCAGCCAAUUGUAAAGCUGUGGCUUUGACCUGUAACGUGUUCUUCAUUUUAGUCUGUCUGUUUUUCCGGAUAUUGGGAACUGUAACAUCCAAAUAUCAAACCUAAUGUUGGGCUACGAGAAUAAAAAAAACUGCAGAUGCUGGAAAUCUGAACUAUGAACAGAAAACGCUGGAAACACUCAGCAGGUCAGGCAGCAAAUGUGGGGAGAGAAACAAAUUUGACGGUUCCCCAACCUGAAACUCCCUCUCUCUCCACAGAUGCUGCCUGACCUGCUGAGUGUUUCCAGCAUUUUCUGUUUUUAUUUUUGAGGCUGAACUAAUUUAUUCCCAUUACUCCUUGCACAGUGUUUUAGUUUGGUCUUUAGUGCUUUGUAUAAAAACAGGCUUUUGUUUUUUGCACAUUGGCAGCAGAGAGGAGGAGCCAGACCAGUUUAAAAGUUCAUUGGCAGGUAAGAGCAGGGCCAAGGAAACACUUCUGAUUUGCUCCUGAAAGGUUGCUCCAUUAUACCUUGCCUUCUUUUUAUUGGCUGAUGUGCUUACAAUUAGCCAAUGUUUUUUUGGGAGUGGCUAUGCUUGAGUUCCACUGGGCUGUGUUUGAGGGUUAAGUGCAAAGACUUUGGCUUGUGAGGCUUCAGUGAGGAGGUGGAGCAGAGGUAUGGGUAAGAAGAGGUUAGGUCCUUUUUUUAAACUUUAGGGAGUGUAGUCAGGAUAGCAGUCGUGGCAGCGAUAUGCUCUUCCUGCAGUAUGUGGGAGAUUGGGGAAUCUUCCAGUGUCCCUGAGGACUACAUCUGCGGGAAGUGCGUCCAGCUGCAGCUCAUGACUGACCACAUCAAGGAAAUGGAGUUGGAUGCACUCAGGGUCAUCUGGGAUCAGAGAGCAUCCUAGAUGAGAGUUUUAGUGAGGUGGUCACAUCUAAGAUGCAGGCUGCAGGUAGCUGGGUGACUAUCAGGAAAGGUAGGGGGGAAGACAGUGCAGGGCUCCUCUGUGGCCAUUCCCCUCAGCAACAGUAUACCUCUUUGGAUACUGAUGGGGGGGGGGGGGGAGUGGGAAGAGAAAUGACCUUUCAGAGAGUAGCAGCCUGGUCGGUGGUACCAUGACUGGCUCUGAGGGACAGCAGGGAAGGGUGGAGUCAGACAGAGUGAUGGUGAUAAGAGACUCGAUAGUUAGGGGAACAGGCAGGAGAUUCUGCGGCCCCAAAUGAGAAGACAAGAUGGUGUGUUGCCUCCCUCCUGCCAGGCUCAUGGAUGUCUCUGAGUGGUUACAGCCAGAGGUCAUUGUGCACAUUGGCACCAACAACAUGGGUAAAGGGAUGAGGUCCUGCAGAGUAAACAUAUGAAGUUAGGAAAGAGGUUAAAAAGCAGGACCUCAAGUGUAGUGAUCUCUGAAUUUCUCCCGGUGCCACGUGCUAAGGAGGGCAGAAAUAGAAGGAUAGGCCAGAUGAAUGUGUGGCUAAGGAGCUGGUGCAGGGAUUCAAGUUUUUAGAUCAUUGGGAUCUCUUCUGGGUCAGAGGUGAUCCAUGCAAGAGAUGUGCAUCUGAACUGGAGCGGGACAAAUAUCCUGGGAAAGAGAUUUAAUAGUGCUAUUCCGGAAGUUUUAAACUAGAUUGGCAGCGGGGUAGGUCCCUGAACGGAAGUGAGGCAGUUGAGAAGUUGGGGGCAAAUAUUGUGGUCAAUGAAAGCAAGUUUAGUAGACUGGACAGCCAGGAGCAGGGCAGAGAGAGGAAAGAAUGGUGGUUUAAACUGCAUUUACUUCAAUGCAAGAGGUUUAACAAGCAAGGCAGACAAACUCGGGAUGUGGAUUGGCUCAGGGGACUGGGAUAUUAAUAGCCAUGACAGGAACAUGGCUGAGAGAAGGGCAGGACUGGCAGUUCAGUGUUCCAGGGAACAUAUGCUACAGAUGUGAUAAAGACAAGGGGGGGGGAAGAUUGCCUUUUUUACAAGGGAGAACGGUGCUUAGGAUAUUCUUGGGGGAUCGUCCAGUGAGAACAUAUGGGUGGAACUUAGAAACAAAGGGAUGAUCACUUUGAGUCUGUAUUAUAGGGCCCCCCCCCAAUGAUCAGGGGGAAUUAGAGGAGCAGAUGUGUAGGGAGAUUGCCGAUAGCUGUAAUAACAAUAGGGCAUUAUUAGUGGGUAAUAUUAACUUCCCUAAUAUUGACUGGGUCACCCAAAGUGUAAAGGGCUUGGAUGGGGUGGAAUUUGAUAAAUGUGUCCAAGAAAGCUGCUUUAAUCAAUAUAUAGAGGGGCCCUACUAGAGACGGUACAACACCAGACCUCAUCUUGGGGAACAAGUUAGGGCAAGUGACUUAAGUGUCAGUGUGGGAGACCACUUUGUGACCUGUGACCAUAAUUCUGUUAGUCUUAAAAUAGUUGUGCAGAAAGCUAGGACUGGUCCGCAAGUUAAAGUCUUAAACUGAAGCAGAGCCAACUUUGGGCAUUAGGUGGGAGCUUGCAGAGGUGUAUUUAAAAAAACCAUGGGGGGUAUAGAUAAGGUGAAUGUACACAGUCCUUCUUCUGAGGGAAAGGGAAUCAAAAACUAGAGGGCAUAGGUUUGAGGUGAGAGGGGAAAGAUUUAAAAAGGGGCCUGAGGGACAACUUUAGGCAAAGGAUGGUGUAUAUAUGGAACGAGCUGCCAGAGGAAGUGGUUGAGGCAGGUAAGACCUUUGGACAAGUACGUGGGUAGGAAAGGUUCCAGAGGGAUAUGGACCAAUGUGGGCAAAUGGGACUAGCUUAGAUGGGCAUCUUGGUCGGCAUGGACCAGUUGGGCCCAGGGACUGUUUCCAUGCUGUAUGACUCUAUGAUGUUGGUGAAUUUUUUGAUUAAAGAACUGGUUCUGUUCUCUCCCUAACCGGUUGUCUGUUGGACCUGGCUUUUGUCACAACCUGAAAUGAUGUGCUAUUUAAUUUAAUAUUUUAUAUGACCUUAAUUGAGAAAUCCAGUAGCUAACAUAGCCAUAUGCAAAGAUUAUUGUUGGUACCAUGGAUUGCUGUGACUAUGGAUAGUAUCCAGGCUGUGAGUUUCACAUUACAAGGCAGAAGGAAACCAUUCAGUCACUCAAAUGCAGGCCAGCUCCCAGCAGAUCGAUCCCAUCCUCUUCCUCCCCACCCUGUAUCUAAUUCUCUCUUGCUUGCCAAUCAAUUUCCCCUUGGAUUCUUUUGCCACUUAUCUACACUGAGGGGGUAAUGUACAGUGGCCAAUUAACCUACCAGCAUGUACUCGGCUUGUGGCGGCAACACAAGCAGUUGCACUGAGCUUCUAGACUGAUUUGCCAGUUGAAUGCCAAAAGACAUUCUGUUGGAGGUAACAUCUUUCAUACGAGAUUUAAGCUGUCUAACCUCUUGCCUUGAAGAGCCCAACAGACUAAAUUGAUGGCACCUUUAGUUAAUAGGCUACCUGUGGAAAUGAAUGCUAUCAAUCUUUGUGAAACUUUUCUAUAGUGUGUCUAUAAAUCAAUGUAAAAGCCGUUGUAAAUGAACCUCACUAUCAUAACCAAAUAUAGUUGUCAUGUUCAUUACUUUACAAUGAAUGUAUUUUCCCAUGUUGCCAUGGCCACAAACUGUAAAGUCCAAAAUGGAGCCCUUUGUAUAAAAUGCAUUUAUUAUUUUAUACUGGAGUGAGGUUGGAGAAUAAGACCUUUGCAAGUUAGUGUGGUGGAUGCCACUGACAUUUCCAUGCAUUUCCAGAACUAGAUACUGAUUAGCACAUGGGAAUAUGAUACCAUUGCUAUCACACAGAUGUGGUUGAAAGCUGGACUGGGACUGGCAGCUCUACAUUCCAGGAUAUAGAUUCGCCAGGCAUUGUAAUGUUAAUUAAGAAGCCCAUUACUGCAGUAAGGAGGGAAGAUGUCCCAGAAAGUUCAAGUGAGUCAUGUGG